GCUCGAGAGCCUUGGCAACCCUGCGCAGAUCACAGCGGCUCCGAAGAAGACGACCUCCGAGCCCCGUCUUUGCCAGACCAGACAUUCGUUUGCUCAUCCCGGCAGCCAUGGCUCUCAACAAACUCAGUGUUGACAAGGUGGAUCUCGCCAACAAGAGAAUCCUGAUGAGAGUUGAUUUUAAUGUUCCCCUCAAGGAUGGUAAAAUCACCAACAACCAGCGAAUUGUAGCUGCUCUAGACUCUGUGAAGUAUGCUCUUGAUCACCAAGCCAAGAGUGUGGUGUUAUGUUCUCAUCUUGGGCGCCCUGAUGGCAACAAGAAUAUGAAGUUCACACUGGCCCCUGUUGCUGAGGAACUUAAGACUUUGUUGAACAAGGAAGUGACAUUCCUUUCUGACUGUGUUGGGCCAGAGGUAGAAGCUGCUUGUGCUGAUCCUGCCCCUGGCUCCAUCAUCCUUCUGGAGAAUUUGAGGUUCCAUGUGGAGGAGGAAGGCAAAGGAGUUGAUGCAUCUGGAGCUAAGGUGAAAGCUGAUCCUGCCAAGGUGGAAGAAUUCCGUGCUUCACUGCGGAAACUGGGAGACGUGUAUAUUAAUGAUGCUUUUGGUACAGCCCAUCGUGCUCACUCUUCCAUGCUUGGGCAAGGAUAUGAACAGCGUGCUAGUGGUUUUCUGCUCAAGAAGGAGCUCACCUAUUUUGCCAAAGCUUUGGAUAACCCAGAAAGACCUUUCCUGGCUAUUUUGGGAGGAGCCAAGGUGAAGGACAAGAUUCAGCUCAUUGAGAGCAUGUUAGACAAGGUGGACGAGAUGAUGAUUGUGGGUGGUAUGGCAUUCACCUUCCUCAAGAUUACCAAAAAUAUGGAGAUUGGGACAUCAUUGUAUGAUGAAGAAGGUGCCAAGAUUGUCAACAAGCUGAUGGAAAAAGCCCAACAGAAGAAUGUAAAGAUGCAUUUCCCAGUUGACUUUAUCACAGCUGACAAAUUUGAUGAAAAUGCUAAUACUGGAUCUGCCACAGCUGAAGGUGGCAUUCCUGCCUCUUGGAUGGGAUUGGACUGUGGACCUGAGUCUGUGAAAAACUUUAAGGAACCAAUCUCCAGGGCAAAGAUUAUUGUUUGGAAUGGCCCAUGUGGUGUAUUUGAAUUUGAGAAGUUUGCCAGUGGAACCAAGAAUGUUAUGGAUAUGGUAGUUGCAUCAACUAAAGCUGGAUGCACCACCAUAAUUGGUGGUGGUGACACUGCCACAUGCUGUGCCAAGUGGGGGACUGAGGACAAAGUAUCUCAUGUUUCGACAGGCGGAGGUGCAUCCCUGGAGCUUCUGGAGGGCAAAACACUUCCAGGAGUUGCUGCCCUCUCUGAUGCCUGAAUGCUCCACAGAAGCAACUAGAAUGUGAAUACAGCAGUCAUCUCACUGUAACCAGUUAUGUUUACAAAUACUGUCUAUAUACCUACCAUUAUACAUUCUUCAUGUGCUUAUAGGGAUUUAGACAAUUUGUUGCAGAAUCAUAAAAUCAAAAUUUGUUGCCAUGCUAGUCAUUUCAGCAUUGUCUGAUAGUUAUUGAAUUAAGUAUUUCAUAACCUGGCUAACAUGUCAUUAUUGAAGUGUAAAUUAAGUCAGCAUCUUAAUUGUAUGCUAUUCAUUUUUAGAUUUAUCUGAAUUUCACAUAUUGGACAUUAUAUUAUUGGAUGUUGAGUGACAUACAUUGUUUAAGUUUUUACCUGAAACCCAUUUAAAUACAAACCAAUGGGACUCAC